UACAGGUAUGGCGAGGUUACGGAGGAAACCUGUACUUCGAGCCGAUGGCAUGUCAGACCAAGCCGUACUCGGAUCCUGACGAGAGGCCGAGCCAUCGAGGGGAGACCGACAGCGCGAAGGGUCUGGCCAAGCCUGCCCGGCUGAGUACCGCCCUGAGCAGCCGGACCUCCAAGUCCAGCGGGAGCCACACCACCUCCAGCUCUGAGCACAGUGCCAGGUCCGAGCCUGUGAGCGACAGGAGCCGGGGACAGCGCACCUUUCCCCUCACCUGCGUCAAACUGGACAAGACGGUCGUCUUAAACCGGAACAACUCCUCCUUACAGGAGGAUCUCAGCAACAUCGCCGGGAUAGAGGCGGUGGGCAGCUUGAGAAUCAGCUACCCGAAACACAACAAUAAAAAACAAACCCCGUCAACUCCACCCUCUAGAGAGAGGCACAGCAAGUCAGCUAAGAUCUGUAAAGGGUUAACUUCGCGGACGAGAAACUCUUUAAACAACAAGAGCGGAGGUUUCCGUGGCCUCGCUGUAGAAGGGGAGACGAGGUCGCCCAAAACGUCGCCACGGAACCAAGUGUUCGGCGACAAUACUAGCUACAUGAGGACCCGAUUCAGUGAUCCUGUGGCCAGAAAUGUAGACACGAGUCUUUCGUACGCAAGAAGCGUGAAGACGCCAUGUGGGACACCUGUGACACCUGAGUUGUACGGGUACAACAACGACAGAUUACCGCCAUUGGAGCUGGUCCAGGCCAGUGUGCGCAGGCGCAGGGAUCAGAGCCCGGAUGUGGUGAUCCCGUCCGUGCGCAUGCGCGAUGGGAGAACCUCUACAGCGAGCUUUGAGACAUUUUCUACUGUAGGAAAUGAAUGAACAAAAACAGCC